GUCACCGCCUGCGAGGCGUCGCCCUGCGAGCUGUCCGAGUGGGCGGAGUGGGGCGCCUGCUCAAACCAGCGUCUGCGGCUGCGGAACCGCACGCUGCUGCGGGAGGCCGCCUCGGGCGGCGCGCCGUGCCAGAGCAACCUGGAGGAGGUGGCGGGCUGCCGCCUAGUGGACUGCGAGGUCUCGCCCUGGGCCGAGUGGUCGGCCUGCGACCGCGCCUGCGACGGGCAGCAGCAGAGG